AUGAGCGCGAGCUCUGGCCGAAUUCACGUGCUGGGCCUUGGCAACCUUGGAAGGCUGUUCGCCCACGAACUGGCUUUACAACCAAAACCGCCGGCUAUUACCUUACUACUGCACAGGCAAGGUCUGCUCGAUGAAUGGGAAGCGGCUGGGGAAAAGAUUGAGAUUACGACUGAUGGUGUCGUCUCCUCGUCCUCGAAUUACGAUGUUGAGCUUGUGUCUCAAACACAAGAGGGGGUUAUUGAGAGCUUGAUUGUGGCUACCAAGACUCUCAAUACAGUGAAGGCUUUGUCAUCUGUCAGGCAUCGCCUCACAUACAACUCCACGGUCCUCUUUACCCAGAAUGGAAUGGGCACGGUUGAGGAGGUCACGAGUGCCGUAUUCCCAAGUCCUUCCACGAGACCUCAUUAUCUAAAAAGCAUCACAUCGCACGGAGUCUACUCUCUCGGCCCCUUUCGGUCCGUCCACGCUGGGUUAGCAAACGUCACGAUCGGCCGAGCUAUUCUUCCAGGACAAUCUGAUACCGGAAAUCCCUCCAAAUCCAAAUCUCUCAUAGACAGAAUCGUCAGCUCUCCAGGGCUUGCGGCAAGAGAAGUCGACCCACAAGAGCUCAUCCGCCUCCAAAUAGAGAAGCUCGUCGUAAACGCAAUGAUCAAUCCUCUGACAGUUAUCUUCGAUUGCAAAAACGGAGUACUCUUCAAUCGUGCUUCAAUCGUCUACUUGAUGAGACUUCUACUAGCAGAAGCGAGCCAAGUCAUACAAUCCCUACCAGAGCUUCGCGAUGACCCAGAAAUUGCCUCAAGAUUCUCAACGCAGAACCUCGAGACGAUAGUGCUGGAUGUGGCGGAGAAGACAGCCCAGAACACAAGUUCCAUGCUACAAGACGUCCGCGCUGGUCGAGCUACAGAAAUUGACUACAUCAAUGGGUACAUUGUGAAAAGGGGAAAGGAACAAGGUGUAGAAUGCAACAUGAACGAGAAAUUAAUACAGUUGGUAAAGGAAGGGAAAGUGAUAGAGGUCGAGGACACAAAGUCAGAGUUUGUGCCGGAAAGUUGGCUUGAGGUUGUGUUCGAUGUGUUCGAUGUGUUCGACAUUCUUUCAACGGCUUCAUCGUUGAGAUAG